AGGCAGUGGUGCUUCUUGGUAUCUGCAAAGUUUGAAUUGUCUCAAGACCUAGAGACACGACAGUUCUGUGCCAAUGACCCUGAAGUGUUUGUCCAGGCAGCACUGUUGGCUCAGGAUUAUUGUGAUGCCAUAGACCUAAAUUUGGGUUGCCCCCAAAUGAUUGCAAAGAGGGGUCACUACGGAGCAUUUCUGCAAGAGGAGUGGGAUCUUCUUCAGAGAAUGAUUUUACUGGCUAACGAGAAGCUCUCUGUUCCCAUCACAUGCAAAAUCCGCGUUUUCCCAGACAUUGACAAGACAGUGAAGUAUGCACAGAUGCUGGAGAAAGCUGGCUGCCAGCUGCUGACUGUGCACGGCCGUACUAAAGAACAGAAAGGACCACUUGCUGGCGUGGCGUCUUGGGAGCACAUUCAAGCUGUCAGAAAAGCUGUAAGCAUUCCUGUGUUUGCAAAUGGAAACAUCCAGUGUCUCAGUGAUGUGGAAGAAUGUAUCCGUAAGACAGGAGUGCAUGGUGUCAUGAGUGCAGAAGGUAAUCUUCAUAACCCAGCUUUGUUUGAGGGCCGAAACCCAUUGGUGUGGGAGAUGGCUGAGGAGUAUCUGGAGAUAGUGCAGAAGUACCCUUGUCCAUUGUCUUAUGUUAGGGCUCAUCUCUUCAAGCUCUGGCAUCACACGCUUCAAGUUUACCAGCAGCUGCGUGAAGAACUAGCAAAAGUGAAGACUCUAGAGGGCAUUGUAGACGUCAACAGGGAGCUGAAACUACGAUGCCAGGAAGAAAUAGCUAAUCAGAAGGAAGGAGAAAAGCCAAAAGAAGGGUUGCCUUUUUUCCACUGGAUCUGUCAGCCAUACAUCAGGCCAGGGCCAAAGGAGAGAUGCAAGGAGAAUGGAGCCAGUGGGACUGAAAAAGGUGUGCGAGGGAAACGUGCUCUGGAAGAGGAGGAAGAUGGAAAUUCUGAGCUUCUGUCAAAGAAUAAACAAAAAAAAAAGUUAAGAAAUCCAAAUAAAAGCUUUGAUCCAUCUUUAAAACCCAAAUAUGCAAAAUGUGAUCAAUGUGGAAACCCUAAG